GAUCAGUGCUGCUUGUAGACAACCUGGCGUUUGAGAGCCCGGGGGAACGUGGCACUCAGAGCUGUGUUGCUCUCCUGAAAGCACUGGACAUCGGCCUGCCCUCCUCCACCUGUAGAGCUGAAGAGAGUUGCAGAAGCUGGACUGGAAACGAUAGCAAAUAUUGACAGAAGCGAGGGUCAGGGUAACACCCUCUGGCCAAGUCGGCUGUGGAGGGAUAAGCCUGCAGAUCCAAAGGAACUGGUCAACUGGAUUUGCACAAUGGACCCUGGCAAGUUCUAAAACUGAGUUUUAAAACUGGCAGCUCGUCAAGCCACCAGAAUCCCUCCCUGUACUAACUUCCUCAUAGCUGUUCUUAUUUUCUGUUGUAGGAUUUUUUUUUUUUUUUUAAUUCUUUCCAGGGAAGAGAAAUCAGGACAACCUCUUAACCUCUUCCCUGGAAAGGAGGUAUCGCAGGCAGUGUUAGAAGAUCUGCUUUGAUCCGAACCAGGUGUUGGCUGGUUUGGGUUAAUCCCAGCCUGGCUCAAGCAACCGAUCACGAAAUGUUUUUUCGGUUCGUGUGCUAUCUCGUGGUUGUGUGGCUGAUUCCUGCCUCAGAUGAGAGCUGUUCAGAACUUCCUCCGGUGGAAAAUAGCAUAUUCGUUGCAGAGGAGUCAGAAGGACAAAUUCAGGGAAUUUAUGUCUGUAUCAAGGGCUACCACCUGGUCGGAAAGAAAACCUUUUUUUGCAAUGCCUCUCUGGAGUGGAACGCCCCCGUUCCCACAUGUCAGUUGGGCCACUGUCCUGUCCCUGUGCUGGUGAAUGGUAACUCCAGUUUCCUGGGUCCUGUGAAUGUGGGUGACAAAAUCACUUUUGAGUGCAAUGAGCACUAUAUCCUCAAGGGCAGCAGUUGGAGUCAGUGCCUGGACAACCACACCUGGAUGCCUCCCUUGCCUACCUGCAAAAGCAGAAACUGUGGCCCUCCUGAGAAUCCAGCUCAUGGCUAUUUUGAAGGGGGAGAUUUCAGCUCAGGAUCUACCAUUACUUAUCACUGUGAAGACGGAUACCACUUAGUGGGCACACAGGACCAACAGUGCAUUGAUGGGGAGUGGAACAGUGCACUUCCAGUCUGUAAAUUGAUCCAAGAAACUCCCAAACCUACUCCACAGACUGAGUGUGAGAAGACAAUUUUUGCCUUUCAGAAGGACAUAGAAUAUUGCAAAGCCAUAGAAGACUUUAUGCAAAGACUAAAGGAAAAUGGCUUAACAAUGGAGGAGCUAAAACAUUCUCUGGAAAUAAAGAAAGCUGUGUUGUUGGCCAAAAUGUCCUGACAUUGUAGCUGAGCAGACUGGGUAAUAGAAUUGCAUCUACGAAUAAAUUUUCCUCUUGGUUCUAAAACUA